UUCAGGUUGUCAACAACAACUGCAAUACCAUAACAACCGUCAGGAUGACUUGGAUGUCGGCCGCUAUUCUUGCGCUGCUUUUGAUGAGCAUCGUCGAUUGCCAGAAGAGUUUGGUCGAGGCGGAUGCUUCUGCUGGUGGAACGUCGAUGGAGUCUUCGAGGACGUUGGAGUGUCACCGGCGAUUGUACAGCUACAAGGUGACGCAGACCGAUGAAAACGGUAAAAUGUGUUGGGACAUCAUCCAGGUGUGGGCAUGCUGGGGACGAUGCGACUCCAACGAG